AUUCUAUCUAGGUAAAGCCAUAACAUCUACAUGGAGACAAGAAAGUGGCUGACCCUUUACAUAGUUACAUUGUGCACCAUCAAGUAGACGAAUAGCUCAAAAUCUGAAUGUGAAUAAUCCCCAUAGAAUUAAUUAACUCGAUUGUUACUGGUGUGCUUGGCAUCUGUCUGUUUCUCAGCCCAACUGUCCAUUUCAGGCCUCCUGUUAGCAGAGCGCUUCCACAACCAGAGAAGCUACAGACAAACAACGUGGGCAAAAAGAAAAGGCCUAUUGAGGACUUGGUGCUGGAGCUGGUAUUUGGUUACCGUGGUAACGAUUGCCGCAAUAAUGUGCACUACCUAAACGAUGGGGCGGAUAUCAUCUACCACACAGCAUCUGUUGGCAUUGUCCUCAACCUGACAACAUCUUGCCAAAGUUUUUAUGUUGAACACAGUGAUGACAUUUUGUGCCUGACAAUCAAUCAGCAUCCUAAAUUCCCCAAUGUGGUGGCAACUGGCCAAGUAGGAGAUACUGGUGACAUGUCAGCCACGUCUCCCUCCAUCCAUGUGUGGGACGCUAUGAGCAAGCAGACACUGUCAGUACUGCGCUGUUACCACUCGGGCGGGGUGUGCUCUGUCAGUUUUAGUGCUACAGGAAAGCUCCUAUUGUCUGUGGGCCUGGAUCCUGAGCACACUGUCACCAUCUGGAAGUGGCAGGAAGGUGCCAAAGUUGCCAGCCACAUUGGUCAUACCCAGAGGAUUUUUGUGGCUGAGUUUCGCCCGGACUCAGACACACAUUUUGUGUCUGUGGGCAUCAAGCAUGUGCGCUUCUGGACAUUGGCGGGGCGAGCUUUGCUCAGCAAGAAAGGGGUGCUGAGUUCAAUAGAGGAUGCACGAAUGCAGACCAUGCUUUCUGUGGCAUUUGGGGCUAACAACUUGACAUUUACAGGUACCAUAAGUGGAGAUGUGUGUGUGUGGAAGGAACACAUUUUAGUCAGAAUAGUGGCCAAAGCUCAUACAGGCCCAGUGUUCACCAUGUACACGACCCUUAGAGAUGGCCUCAUCGUCACCGGAGGCAAAGAAAGACCGUCAAAAGAAGGAGGUGCACUGAAGCUGUGGGACCAGGAGCUGAAACGCUGCCGAGCCUUUCGUUUGGAGACGGGACAGAUCAUAGACUGUGUCCGAUCUGUGUGCAGAGGAAAGGGUAAAAUUCUUGUGGGAACAAGAAAUGCAGAGAUUAUUGAAGUUGGUGAGAAAAAUGCUGCUUGUAACAUCUUGGUGAAUGGCCACAUGGACGGUCCCAUUUGGGGACUUGGAACACAUCCUUCUAGAGAUGUUUUUCUGUCUGCUGCAGAAGAUGGGACUGUUCGUCUGUGGGACAUCCCAGAGAAGAAAAUGCUGAAUAAGGUCAACCUUGGCCAUCCUGCACACACCAUCAGCUAUAGUCCCGAGGGAGACAUGGUGGCCAUUGGGAUGAAGAAUGGAGAGUUCAUAAUCUUGCUUGUUGCAUCGCUCAAAAUAUGGGGCAAGAAAAGGGACAGACGUUCCCCAAUCCAGGAUAUCAGGUUCAGUCCCAAUUCGCGUUACUUGGCGGUGGGUUCCAAUGAGAGUGCAGUGGAUUUCUAUGACCUGUCUCUGGGCCCACAACUGAACCGCAUAAACUGCUGCAGGGACAUCCCCAGUUUUGUCAUGCAGAUGGACUUCUCUGCUGACAGCUUAUACAUUCAGAUAUCCACUGGUGCUUACAAACGACUGGUGUAUGAAGUACCAUCUGGAAAACAGAUCACAGAACAGACACAAAUUGACAGAAUUACUUGGGCCACCUGGACAAGCGUCCUUGGUGAUGAGGUUGUUGGAAUCUGGUCCAGAAACACUGACAAAGCAGAUGUAACAUGUGCCUGUGUGUCACACUCAGGCCUUAACAUUGUGACAGGUGAUGACUUUGGAAUGGUGAAGCUGUUUGACUUUCCAUGCCCAGAGAAGUUUGCUAAACACAAGCGUUUCUUGGGGCAUUCUGCUCACUUGACAAAUGUACGUUUCACAAACGGAGAUCAUUUUGUCGUCAGCGCUGGUGGAGAUGAUAGAAGUCUUUUUGUGUGGAGAUGUGUGCACACUCCUCAUUAAAACCACACAGAGGAACAUCCUGCGUCACAGUUCACAAGCUGUCAUGAUGAGUCCUGUAUGUGAAAGGGCAAAAGGAAAGGACUGGCUGCUGACUAAUGCAGAAAAUGGUGUAAUGACUUACUGCCUCAAAAUUAGGUGCAUGCAUUUGUGCAAGAUUUCAUUUGUUUACUUAUUUCAUCAGCCCAUUUGUUUAAUCACUCACUCACUCACAAAAACACCCCUAAUACUGAACUGUAUGUGAACCAUUUCAGAGUUAAGUUUUAGAAUCAGAUUUUCAUAAGGCAGUUGUGGUUUAUAUGCCUAUUCACUACAUACUGACAUUGCCAUUUUUAUCAUGUAGCAAACGCAACUAGCCUUAAAUCUUGUGAGGGUUGGCAUCUUUUUGUACUUUUUAUUACAUAUGUUUGUGUUUAUGUUCAUUCUAAAUCCUGUGGCCUUCCUCCUGAAUGUAACAUCCACUGUUAUAUUCUGGAUGUCAGCAUGCCAAAGCAUACUAUGCACUGUACACUGGACCUGGUCACUGUGUUAGCCCUAGUGGGUUUUUGUUUUUGAUUUGUGUAUGUGAUUGUGCUAUUGACUGGUUGACCUCAAGCCUUCCUCUGCAGUGUUCCCUUGUUAACCUGUGUACAUGUGGUUGAAGAUGUAGGUGGUAAACGAGUGUGCAUGGCUUACUAAAAGACAAUCUGUCCUAACCGUGAUCCUCAUUAAAAAACAAAACAAAGAGCAGCUGCACAACUGGUGCAGACCUGUCACUUUCAGUGUGCUGCUAUGUUAUAUUGUUGCAAUUUUAUGAUAAAAUGUGUAAUUAUUUUCAAUACUAAUUGUGUAAAUGUGUUUUGUGUAAUAAAUUAUAUGAUACACAUAAAUGGAAUGUUUUAUCAAAGAAAAUAUAUAACAAGUGCAAAACAUGUAACGUAUGAAUACUAAAAUGUUGCUGCAUAUUUUGAUUUACAUUACACCACUGUAAAUAUCAUUUGUACAUAUUCUUUUUGGAUAUUUUUG